AUGCAGGAUCUGUCAAGACCUUCGCAGAAAAAGGGCUACAGCAAACUUCGAGAUGCCUGUACUCAGGCUGCAAACGAUGGUUAUGAACCUGCGCGGAGGAAACUCAAAUUAUCAGCUCAAGGUAUCGUUAGUACGGCUCUUCUGCUAUCUGCUAUACUUAUCUCGCAGAUGUUCAGGCCAAAGAGAAUGGGCAAAAUGCUGCGGCUGGGGAUUACACAACUGAGAAAACGGAUCUUAGACAGCGAGUGGUUCACUCGUGGCCGGACGCUGCAGGAGCUAGUUGCUUCCAAGAAGGUCAUCUUUUACGAUCAGCAGUGGCACUACUUAGGUACCAAGCAGAGUCUUAGCUCUGCUUUGACUGCUGGAACUGGUGUGCCAGACUUCAUACUUCAGGGGGCGUCGCUUGCGAACUGUUCAAUUGCGCAACGAAUGUCGUGGGCAGGCAAUAGGGAAACGAGUGUCCCCGAGAUAUAG